AUGUGCGGCGAGCUGCAGGUGCCGGGCGGCUCGCUGCCCGACCUCACAUCCGUGCGCUACCCGCCGCACUCGCCGCACUACGUGCACCGGACCUCGUCCGACUAUCACCAACCCAGAUAUGUACGCACUACGCUUAUUAACUAUUGUGCGGCGAGCUGCAGGUGCCGGGCGGCUCGCUGCCCGACCUCACGUCCGUGCACUACCCGCCGCACUCGCCGCACUACGUGCACCGGACCUCGCCCGACUAUCGCCAACCCAGAUAUGUACGCACUACGCUCAUUAACUAUUGUGCGGCGAGCUGCAGGUGCCGGGCGGCUCGCUGCCCGACCUCACGUCCGUGCACUACCCGCCGCACUCGCCGCACUACGUGCACCGGACCUCGCCCGACUAUCACCAACCCAGAUAUGUACGCACUACGCUCAUGAACUAUUGUGCGGCGAGCUGUAG